AUGAUGGUAGGAUGUAUUGUCUUCAUUAUUGGGGCAAUCAUAUGCACCGCCAGCGUUGAUAUCGCGAUGCUUAUCGUCGGCAGAAUGUUCUGUGGCGGAGCUGUCGGAAUGUUCACAUCAACCGGUCCCCUUUACCUAGCCGAACUCUGUCUUCCUGCUGUGAGAGGGCGAAUCCUGAGCUUUCAGCAGUGGAGCAUUACUUGGGGUGGUCUCAUCAUGUACUAUAUCACUUUUGGGACAUCAUAUACAAACAGCGAAGCGGCUUUUCGGGUACCUUGGGCGGUCCAAAUUGUACCGGCCGCUGUUCUGUUCGUUGCUCUAUUUUUCAUUCCUCGCUCGCCUCGUUGGCUCGCCUCUCAAGAUCGCUGGGAAGAAACCCUUGAAGUGCUCACACAUCUCCAUGGUGGUGGGGAUCCGCAAGCACCAAUUGUCCAAGCCCAGUAUGCUGAAAUUCGGGAGGCUAUGUCGAUUUCAGAGUCGCAAGGAAAGGUCCGCUGGGCAGAGCUCAUUCACCGUGACAACAUCCACCGAAUCUCAGCCGGUAUCUUUGUGCACAUCUGGACUCAGCUGAGCGGCAACAACGCUGUGCUCUAUUAUAUUGUGUAUAUCUUCGAGAUGGCCGGUCUGACAGGCAACACCAAGCUCAUUGCCUCUUCUGUCCAGUAUAUUAUCAACGUUGUGUUCACACUCCCUGCCAUUCUAUUUCUCGAUCGCCUGGGUCGGCGUCCCGCUCUCAUUGGCGGUGCAUUCUUCAUGAUGAUAUGGCUAUAUGCUACUGCCGGUGUUAUGGCUCAAUAUGGACACUACGUGCCCGGCGGCUUUGAUGGAUCGAGCGCUGUCACUUGGACGAUGGAUUCGACUAAUACCAAGGCAAAAGCCGCUGUGAUUGCUUUUACAUACCUAUUAGUUGCCACUUACAGCUUCACCUGGGCACCAAUCUCCUGGUGUUAUCCUUCAGAGAUCUACCCUAUUCGACUACGAGGCAAAGCAGUAUCCAUCGCAACGUCGGCUAAUUGGGCUUUGGGAUUUUCUAACAGCUAUUUUACUCCACCAGCGUUCCAGAAUAUUCAGUGGAGGACCUUCAUUAUCUUCGGAACGUUCAACGUUGUGGCCUGCAUUCAUGCGUUUUUCUUCUUUCCCGAGACCAAGAAGAAGAGCCUAGAAGAUAUUGACGAGCUAUUCGCAUCGGGUGUCAAACCCUGGAAGAAAACAACUUUGCCUAGUGACCGACUUGAAGAAAUGAUCGAAGGGGCUGGAAAUGGCAAACUACAGCUAGAGGUAGCGGAUGCUUGA